CCCAGCGGGCAGCGAGGAAGAGGGUCGCCGCCGAGACCCCAGGGCUCAAUCCGGUGCGCGGCCGGGGGAAGGGGGCGGCAGAGUCAUGCGCGCCGUGGCCCCGUCGGCGCCCAGCGCGUCCUGGGGGGCGCCGGUCAACGCCACGGGCUGCCCGGGCUGCGGCGCCAACGCCUCGGACGGCCCGGGCCCCGCGCCGCGGCCCGUGGACGCCUGGCUGGUGCCGCUCUUGUUCGCCGCGCUGCUGCUGCUGGGCCUGGCGGGGAACUCGCUCGUCAUGUUCGUCAUCUGCCGCCACAAGCAGAUGCGGACGGUGACCAACUUCUACAUAGCCAACUUGGCGGCCACGGACGUGACGUUCCUGUUGUGCUGCGUGCCCUUCACGGCGCUGCUCUACCCGCUGCCCGCCUGGGUGCUCGGCGAGUUCAUGUGCAAGUUCGUCAACUACGUGCAGCAGGUCUCGGUGCAGGCCACGUGCGCCACCCUGACGGCCAUGAGCGUGGACCGCUGGUACGUGACCGUGUUCCCACUGCGCGCCCUGCACCGCCGCACACCGCGCCUGGCGCUGGCGGUCAGCCUCGGCAUCUGGGUGGGCUCGGCGGCCGUGUCCGCACCGGUGCUCGCGGUGCACCGCCUCUCGCCCGGGCCGCGCCCCUACUGCAGCGAGGCCUUCCCCAGCCGCGCCCUGGAGCGCGCCUUCGCGGUCUACAACCUGCUGGCGCUCUACCUGCUGCCGCUGGUCGCCAGCUGCGCCUGCUACGGGGCCAUGCUGCGCCACCUGGGCCGCGCCGCGGCCGCCCACGGCGCCCUGCAGGGGCAGCUGCUGGCGGAGCGGGCGGGCGCCGUGCGGGCCAGGGUCUCGCGGCUGGUGGCGGCCGUGGUCCUGCUCUUCGCUGCCUGCUGGGGCCCCAUCCAGCUGUUCCUGGUGCUGCAGGCGCUGGGCCCCGCCGGCGCCUGGCACCCACGCAGCUACACGGCUUAUGCGCUCAAGAUCUGGGCGCACUGCAUGUCCUACAGCAACUCGGCGCUGAACCCGCUGCUCUACGCGUUCCUGGGCUCGCACUUCCGCCGGGCCUUCCGCGGGGUGUGCCCCUGCGCCCCCCCGCGGCCCUGCCAGCGCCGGGGCUCUGGGCUCCCGGGCCCCGCCGCCCCCUCCACGGAGCUGCGCCGCCUGGCCGCCCACCCCGCCGCCGCCAGGACCCCGAGGCCAGGGAGCGGUGCGCGCGCCCUCAGGGAGCACGCAGGCUGUGUGUCCUGAGGGGGGUGCUGCCCGUCUCUGGGCCGCUUCUGCGGGGACAGAGCUGGGCCCCUCGGGGACAGGUGCUGUUUGAAC